AUGGCGUUCUUGCAUGGAGUUCUUGAGAGUGUGAAAGAUGAUGAGAGCGUUACAAAAUAUGAUAAAAAUAAUGUUCCUAAUAUUGAUAAUGUUAUUACCACUUUACAUAAUAAUGUAGGUAAAGGCCGUGAGGCCUUCCCGGACGCCGUGGAUAAGGUGGACGAAAAAACUACGGAUGUCUUCAUGGAAUUUAGUAAGUUUGGUCACACUAGCAUUGUAGAGAAAAUUAAUUCCAUUUUAGGUAAUCAAGAUCGGAAGCUCCAAGAUCAGUUGACCUCGUGGAGGUCAACGCUCACUGAACUAGCAGCACAAUUAGAUUCACUCAUAACUAAUAACGUUAAUGUCUUAGAUCCUGUGUUGCGUGAUAGAUUGAUGCAUAAGAUAGACGCUGUGAAAAGCGCCGUGCAGGUGCUGAAGGGGUCGGCGGAGCAGGGGGAGUUGCUAGGGAAGGUGAGGGAGGUGGAUAGGACGUUGGAGGAUAGUAAAAUAGAUCUCACUAACGUCAUAUCGCGUGAACACAUUGGCUUUUACAGUGCGUUGGAGAAGGAAUUUCAAGGAAUUAAUGAUGCUCUGUGGCACCUACAUACGUUAACGUUGAAAGAACAAUUUACCAGCAUAAAAGACGCCAUUGCAUUGGCGAGGAUGGCGGUUGAUUCGUUCGAUGCAGAGUGUAAAAGUACUGUUCUAUGGCAUUUUGACGAUAUUAAAGGCCAUGUGGAGAAAUAUACUGCUUCAAGCACGACGCUUACGACUAAUUUUAAAAGUGUGAAGGAUAGUGUUGAAGUGCUAGAAGAAAAGGUGAUUCGGGACUUGGAUACAAUGAAAAAUAAUAUUAAGAAACAAUUGAAGGCGUAUGUUGAAAAUGGGUUGGGAACGCACAUUAAGAAUGCACUGACGCCGCUCACUGAUCACAUUGCGAAGGAUGAGACGACCCCUGGCUCUCUGGAUAAGUUUAUUAAGCAAGUCAAACAGUAUGCAACGGAAUUUCCGGUGAGAUUCCAGAAGAAGAUUGAUGAUAUGGUUGGAAGAAUUGUGGAGAGUGACGGAUUGAAGAUGUAUUUAACGCAGUAUGUCAUGGGAAAAAAGGGCAGUGGGUAUGCGCGUUCAGACAUAACAAUGGAGAAAACAACAUUGACCAGGAAAGUUUCGGAGCAGCUUAAAGAAAUUACUGCAACGCCGAAACCUGGAAGCGCAAAAAAUGUUAAUGAUAAUAUGACGUCCAUUAAAGAGUAUCUCAGGAAUUACGCCGGGCAGGUUGAAGAAAAGCUUCGAAUGGUCAAUGAAAUCGUAAAGGUGCUUCCAAGCGUAAUGACACGGCAGCCUAACCCCAAUCCUCAACACGCCGAAUUCUAUAUGAAUAGGAUACUCCAAACCAUCCUCAUCGCUGUGCACUCGGCUGUGAAGAGCGCAGCCGAUGAGUUUGAAGAGUUCCUCCAGCAACCUGAUAUUGACAAACUGCAGGUCGCCAUAAGAGAUGUGAAGGAUGUUGGCAACAAAAUUGUGAAAAAGGUUAAAGAUACGACCUCUGGCAUGACGGACCAACUUGGACCGCUUGGCAAUCAAAUUCAAUCCGGAUUUGAAGAGAAAAUUAAUACGGCGAUUGGCAGGGACACCAGUGUGAUGGUUAGAACUUUAGGAACGUUGAUGGUAAAAUUCGUUGCAACCGAUCAGACAUUAAAAUCCGCCGUUGCUGUAGUGUCAGCUGAACUCGACAAUCUGAAAAACUUGCCUAAAAUCGUUUGCGAUGGAAAAGAACAAUCACAAAAGCUUAUGGCGCAGUUUAAGAAUGAUAUGAAUAACAAAAUAAAUUAUAUACAUGAGUUAGUGAGGAUAGCAGAAAGUACAUUGGACGCCGAAAUCCAAGGUGUCCAACAGUCCCUUCAGGUUGCCUGUAAAAAUACUAAAAAAGCCGCCGACCGGCUAAAAACAGAAGUAAUAAAAGAGGUCCAAAAUGCCUUCGCUGAACUCACCAAACAAGUCCACUCCCUCUUCGCCGAGCAGCACAUCGCGGACCUGCAGGCGCUGCAUACGCUGGUUGAGCGAAAAUUGGAGGAGGUGAGAGAGAUUAUUAGAGUGGACAAACAAAUUGGUGUUAAAGGUUUGCUAAAGAAAAUGAACGGUAAUAGAGAGACGCUUGAAGAAAUUAAAAAUAAUGUUGAUCCGUCAAAAAUCAAAACACCGGAAGCCAUUAAAAAAUUCCCAGUUGUCGCCUCCGAUCUCAAGGAUUUCCAAGACUCUCUCCUACAAUAUAUCCAGAACCAAGUAGGCAUUCCAAGUGCAGAUAUAUCCAGGCCUCCAGCACCAACUAAGGAGUCCCAGUUGGUGUCGAGCAUUAAGACCAGACUGGACACUUUACUGGACUACCUUAAAAACCAUAAUGAUAUUACCAAUUUAGAUCAGUCCAUUAAAAAACGUAUUUACAUAUUUGAUGAACAAUCUGACAAAUACCUUACCGAAUUAAAUGCUUCCAUCUCCGCCCUCUCCCCCUCCAAGUUCCACGGCUUCCACAACCCGCUGCUCCUCGACGCCCUCAAGGCCGGCAUGACGCAAUUCACCGCGGAACUCUCCCACGCGUACGUUAACGCUUAUAGCGGUCAAAAGCGUACAGAUGACUGGGUGGAAAAUAAGCCAGUUAAAUCUGGUGAAGUCCAGAAAACCCCUCCCGAAACCCAGUUAACCACCGAGGGCCGCAACUGCGCCAAGGUCUGCCUGACCAUACUGGAGACGGUGUUCCAUGACCUUAAUGAUUUAAGAAUAGAUUGUAAAAGUGAUGGUCAUUGGAAUAAUAAACAAAUUUACUUGUAUGAGACUGACACUAAAUUAGAAAAUCCCCUCGGCCAGUGGUUCAUGGACCAUGGUUUCACGGUGCCGCAAGAUGAGAACACGCAAGAUGGCGACUUGAACCGGAAUAAAACAGGCGGCAAUAUACAUGAAUUAAUCGUAAGCAGGAGUAAUUAUAAUUGUGUCUUCCGAGAUGACGAUGCCAAGAAAGAUAGAUACGGUUCACUGCGGAAGCUCCACUAUUACCUUGACACAUUUUACGAAGUCACACACCUAGAACAUAUAGACGGCGCAAAGGCUCCGUGUAACAUUUACCAAAUGCUUACAUGGCUGCUCGGAUUGUACUAUAAUCCGAUGUAUAAGAAAGUUGGUGAAUAUGUUAAGACGCUGUUCCCUAAACCUAUAAAGGAUGACAAGAGGGAUUACAAGGACAUUCCUACCGAGGAAUUAAAUCUUCCUGCCACCUCAUCAAUUACGCCUAAAGAAGUAAAAUUCAAACUAUUACAAGUUUGCUUCCUGGCCGAAAAGAUACUUACCAGUAUCCUCGGCCACGGCCACGCUGACGGCAUAUAUGCCGUUGACUUUUACACUAACAAAUAUAAUUUACUCUACCCUAACAGUGCUAGUGUCUGUUUUGAUAUGCUUAUAGAUAUAUUGAACAGGGUGAAUCACCAACUUUCGUUCUUAUUGGUUCAGUGUCAGCGUGCAUCAGACGAUAUUAGUUGGGCCGACUGCUGGUACGGCAGGGACGUCGCUGGGUCCGACUGGAAGUGCAACACUCUCCAAUGUCCCAACCAAAUAGGCAGCCAACCAUGUAACCAAAAGUGUGACCAAACGGGUGACCAACAUCCAAACUGCGGCGUAAAAUCACCGUUACAAUCCUUCCUGGAGGACGGGUUACAGGGCUUCUUGCCGCAUCAGUUUAAAUCUCCAGGCUGCAAACUGGAAUGUACUCUGUCUAACCACAGAGGUCUUCCAUGUAAGACGCCAAUGGGUUUUACAGACAUAAGUAAUAUGGCGUCGCACAGGAAGAGGGGCGUAGAUCUCAAAAAUGUCCUAGCCGAACUCUGCGGACGAUACAACAAGCCCCUCAGUCUCCUAUGCUCUUUCUUCACAUGCCUAUUGCAGCGAACGCCUCAGACGUUAGAUGAUUUAUUCUCGUUUUACUACAACUUCAUCGUUGGUUGGGGUAAGAAUGGCAUAGAGCAUAAGAGCAUUGCGUUCCAACAGGCAGUCAACGGUGCCUACUUCGGGGAGCAAUAUUCCGACUUGGACAUUAGUCCGAUAUUUAAGAGCAGUGACCAUUGUCCUAAGCCUGGCGACCAGACUGGUAUCCAGAAAAGUACACACCUCAGCGGUGACCUUUUUAGUCUUUACAGUUGUGAUUAUGAAGCAGAGUCUGAAAUUACUUGUGGCCGUUACCUGCAGCCUAUGGGUCUCAACACAUGGCUUGUAUUUUCGAAACAGAACGCUGGUAAGUACCUCUCUUGGAUUGUGUACUUGACUGAAACCUUUUACGAUUUGCUUGAGAAGCUCUUGAAAGAAUGUUGCGACAAUUGCAAUAAACCAGGAACGAAAUGCUACAUAAAAAGUUGUGAUGUGACAUGUAAGGUAAAGGCCGCUUACGAAUCUGAUGACACCGCUAAGGAUCUGAAAAAUAAGCAUCACAUGUCAGACUGCAAAUCAAUUGCAAAUUGCCCACUCACUAGGCCAACGUUAUGCAAAUACGGAUUUGUGUUUCAGAGCCCACACAAUCUCAGUGGAAAUGAAGACGUCACUAUGAGACGUACGUGCAAAGAUUUCUGCCAAACACUAGAAAGGGUGCUAAGCAAAGAGAAAGAUAAGAAUGAUGUGCUCGCAAAAUUAAUUUAUGAAACAAUUCCCAAAUUCUUAUGGGACAUCAGAAGUAAAUUCUCCUACCUCUUACUCGCCCUCUGGUCGCUGUCGCUCCUGUACCUGCUGCACAUCGCCGUCGUCCGCCUCGACGUCCUGAGGAUACGCUCACACCUGAGAUCACCCUCAAGCCACCGCAUCGCCGCGCAGUCCCUCCUCGCCGCCGCACGCGUCAGGGCACUCGCCAACGUCAAGUACUUCUCACCAUAA